CACUUUCUCCUCAUCGAACAUUAAAAUUUAAAACUUGUUUGUGUUCAUUGACCGUGUAACAAAACUCAAGUUUAACACUACAUUCUGGCAGCAGUUAAAUAGAUAGAAAUGCCAUGCUCCAGCACCAAUUACAACUGGAAAGUCAAGCGGAACUCUUGAAAUAAUAGGAGUGUUUGCGUUUACCAUGUCUUUUAUUAAACUGUUCAUGGUAAUUUGUAUUUGCUACUUUCCUUCUUGUACAGGCAAAUAUGGUGAAUUUAUUUCAAAACAAGAUCGCUCUUACAAAAUAAUUAAUUUUCAAGUACCCGUAACAGUUUGGAAACAAGCGUUUGAUCCAACACCUGUUCUAAAAUCACCAGUUACGGUUGUUUUACCAAUAAAUGUGGAUCAAGAAGAAGAAAAUGAAAUUGAAGAAGUUGAGGAUGACUUGGUUCAAGAUACAGUGAGUGAUACUCCCAUCACUGAAGAACCAAUACAAGAAGACCCCGUUGUUACAGUAUCAUCCAUAGCUACUCAAGCACCAGUGCUACAAGAUCAAAUAUCAGAUGUUCAAGCUCCAAAUGAUCAAGUUCCAGUACAAGGCCAGGUGACGAGGUUCCCUUGUACGUGCACAGAUGGCCAAUGUGGCUGUUGUACUGGUGCUAUCAUGGAUCGAUUCAGGAUGAAAGCAUGUGGGAAUAUUAGAUUUGUCCCUGAAGAUUUUGUGUUUGAUGUUAGACUUACUGUUAAUAACAAUACUGUUGUUCGUCGCAGGGUUUCAGCAAGUGAUCCACCCCCGAUAUGUUUCAACCCCAGAAGAGCCCCAUUCAUAAGAGUAUGUGCUGAGAUUAGCAAUAUUCGGAUACGUAAUGGAAAUGCAUUCGCCUGUUUAGAUAUAGUUGCAGAUAUAGCCAAUUUUCCAAUUUAUUCAGCCUCGUUUAGAUGUUUUGGCUUAGGAUCAUCGGGUUUGCAAACAGGGCUUAAACCAAAACCAGUAUCUUCCGGCCCGAAACCAGUUAACUUGUUCGGAAGUGGAAAUAAUAACGAGGGUACAUUACUGGAUGCAGCUGGAGAAUUAAUAGGAAAUAAUGGUAAUGGUUUAUUACCACAAGGCGGUUUGUUUGGACGACCAGGGGGAAUCUUUGGAGGAGAUGGCCCACUAGAUGCCAUUGGUGAUGCCGUAGGAGAAUUUUUCGGUGCUUUGACACUAUUGUUGGAUGAUGCACGAGGAAAUGAAUUGGAAGGAAGAACCUCAGACAAUACAACAAGCCAUAAUUUGAAUAAAGUUGAGGUUCCAGACAGUAAUUUAUUAUUACUGAAUGGAUUAAAUUUGAGACAAAUCUCUGCCAUGGCACACUAUAGUCGACAAAAUUCGGAACAGAACACAACAUCAUCCAGACGAUGCGUUUGUGCUCAAGGGGUCUGUAAAUGUUGUACUGGUUAUUUAAUGGAUUUGAUAAAUCAAAAGGCUUGUAUGAAAAUAACUUAUAGUCCCGGAGAUUUUGCUUUCGACGUUGCAAUGUCAAUGAACGAUAGAGUUCUAUAUGAAAACUCAAUUUCUGGUAAAAAUCCAAAACCGAUGUGCAUAAGUCCACCCAGAUUAUCUAAUUUAAAAGUAUGCGCGAAAUUUUAUAAUGUUUUCUUUCCUGGACGAAAUUUUCACUUUUGUCUAGCGAUGACUGGUAAAUGGCGAUCAUUUCAGUUAUUCAAUUUUGUUUUCGAUUGUUUGCGAAUGGGUGCAGAUGGGAUAACUAUGCUAAGUCCUGAAGAUAAUGGUGGGAUCGUUAUUCCCAAUCCUCAAGGGGGAGUGGACGCUGUCAUCGAUGCAGGGGAAGACGAUAUUGAAGAUUAUGAUGAGAAUGUCGUGAAAUCAUUUUUAAAUAUAUUUGACGAUUGAGUAUUAAAUUUAAUAGAGAUAGUUUAGUUAUUAGAAUAUGAAUAAU